ACAGUUUUAUGUGUAAGCAAGAUGGAGGCUGACCUGUCUGGCUUUAAUAUUGAUGUCCCCCGCUGGGACCAGCGCACCUUCCUGGGGAGAGUGAAGCACUUCCUGAACAUCACGGACCCCCGCACUGUCUUCGUAUCCGAGCGGGAGCUCGACUGGGCCAAGGUGAUGGUGGAGAAGAGCAGGAUGGGGAUUGUGCCCCCGGGCACCCAAGUGGAGCAGCUGCUGUAUGCCAAGAAGCUUUAUGACUCGGCCUUCCACCCUGACACUGGGGAGAAGAUGAACAUCAUUGGGCGCAUGUCCUUCCAGCUCCCUGGCGGCAUGAUCAUCACAGGCUUUAUGCUCCAGUUCUACAGGACGAUGCCGGCGGUGAUCUUCUGGCAGUGGGUGAACCAGUCCUUCAAUGCCUUAGUCAACUAUACCAACAGGAAUGCGGCUUCCCCCACAUCAAUCAGGCAGAUGGCCCUUUCUUACUUCACAGCCACAACCACUGCUGUGGCCACGGCAGUGGGCAUGAACAUGUUGACAAAGAGAGCGCCACCUUUGGUGGGCCGUUGGGUGCCCUUUGCUGCAGUGGCUGCUGCUAACUGUGUCAAUAUCCCCAUGAUGCGACAGCAGGAGCUCAUCCAGGGAAUCUGCGUGAAGGACAGGAAUCAAAAUGAGAUUGGUCAUUCCCGGAGAGCUGCAGCCAUAGGCAUCACCCAAGUAGUUAUUUCUCGGAUCACCAUGGCAGCUCCUGGCAUGAUCUUGCUGCCAGUUAUCAUGGAAAGACUUGAGAAAUUGCACUUCAUGCAGAAAGUCAAGGUCCUGCACGCCCCGUUACAGGUCAUGCUGUGUGGGUGCUUCCUCAUCUUCAUGGUGCCAGUGGCGUGUGGGCUCUUCCCACAAAUAUGUGAAUUGCCGGUUUCCUAUCUGGAACCAGAGCUCCAAGACACCAUCAAGGCCAAGUAUGGAGAACUUGUGCCUUAUGUCUACUUCAAUAAGGGUCUCUAAAUAACCCACAUCAGCAAGGACCAGUCUGUUCACAUAUUCACUAGCUCCUCCUUAGCUAUGCGUACACUUGUGCCCUCCUUCCUCUUUGCCAGCAAGGCCUGAAGGCCAGGGUAGAUUGGGGGGUGGGACAAUGAAUGCCUCAUGCUUACACCCUGGCACCUGGUUGACUGGACUCCAGGGGGAAAAAGUGAAAAAGGGAAGCAAAGGCCAACAUCUUCAAGCUGCUUCCUCCUUAGCCCCUGUCCCCUGUAGACCAGAAGCUGAGGCCCGUUCCAGCCAGGACUGGGGAAAAGCCUUUGGUUCAAAAGGAAGUUUCUACACCUG